AGGCCUUGAUAUUUUUUAUAUGACCAAUGAAUCAGGAAAUUAAGGAAAACAAAUAUAAAAAAAUCUGGAUUUACUCUUCUAAGAUAACGAUUACAAAUUUAUAACUCAGGAAAGAACGACUAAUUCAUAUUAUUUGAUUUUCCCUAAAAAAAAGAACAUGCCGGCAGAAGUACGAAAUCUCAAGUUGAAGAUUGUAUUUACGGUGCACUUCAUACUAAUAGCGUUAAGUACAAUGGGAUAUUGGAGUACAUCAGCCUUCUUGUUUUAUAAUUCCAUAUUUUGUUUCAUGUUGAUAUGGGGAAUUCAUGCUCAUGAAAGUGAGGAACCAAUACAAAUGGCCCUCAUAGUGAACAUAGUAUCUAUUGCUCUGGACAUUUUUAUAUUUAUUUUUUCUUAUCCUGCUGAUCAUGCUAGUGCAAGAGAGAAGUUUUCUGCUGUUAUAGCUAUUUUCAACUUGUUAACACGCCCAGCUUCUUCAAUUAUUCUCUUUAGAUUAGCUCAAUUGAGAGGGUCUAGUACAGAUACUUUGGCUGAAAUAUUUACAAGGGGAACAAAUCAAACAAAUUAUGAAGAUAUGGAUAGAAGUACUCCCCCUGCCCAAUCUUCAAAUUAUGAUUUUGCAUCUGCUGAAAGGAUUUAAAGCAGUUUGAAAGCGAGCUUCGUUAAUGAAAAAAUUCAACAAAUCUGAGGAAGUUUUUUGAUACUUGGAAUGAAUUUCAUUUCUAUUCUGAUAAAUAUUUUAUUAUUUUAUUCUGAAAUGUUUCGUCAUGUGUCAUACUUUAUGGAAGUGAUAAUAAUCUAUAUUGUAAUUGUAUUUUAACAUUUCUUGUAGGUUUCAAGGAAACCUAUCGAAUUUCAAAUUUUUUUUUCAAUGUACAGUCAUUAAAUCGUGUAUAUUGAUUAAGUAUUGUAGUUAAGGGCAAGUACUUUUUGAGAUGUGCAGUGACUAAUUAAUAAUACUGUAAGAUCUAAUUCAAUGGAAAACCAAUAUUGAAUCACUUCUACAAGUGCAAAUCCACAGCAUUGGGUUUCCAUUAUUUACACAAUGUUAUUUUGUUAGAGGGUUUCUUAGUUUGUUGGUAACAAGAGAGAGUAGAAUAUGUUAUCAUCCUUAAAAAAAAAUAUUUUUCAUUGUACUUUUGCAUCUAUUUACCAAUACAUAUUAAUAUAUAAUUAGACUUGUCUUGCUCUUAUAAUUUUCUUAAUUCUAUAAUUUACUUUUUUGUUAUUGUUGUGCAAUUUAUAAUAAAUCUUAUUCUACAAAAUA